CCCCUCCCCGCUUCCAUCCUCCCACUUCGCCUCUCCCUGCCUGGUUAAUAUCUCACGCACAGGCGGGCUCCUUGCCGCCUUGCCCUCCCCCUUCCCUCGCUCCCUCUCUCUCUCUCCUCUCCCCUUCUCCUCUGCCCCCCCCCCCCGACCAUUAAACCUCGCCGCCAUGUGGGUCCACCCGCAGCAGUGCAUGGUCACCAAGUUCUGGGUCGACGUUCAGAGUAGCAACUCGUUCGUCAUCCAGAAGUCCCGCCGCGAGGAAGGCAACAGCCUUGUUCGGGCGUUUGUUGGGACUUUCCAAAAUGUCCUCGAUGUCCACCAAAGUCUCUUCCGCAUCAUCUGGCGCCCAACGCCGAAGCCCAAUGACCCGGAAUUCACCCACCCCCCCUCGUACUACAUCGCCAAUGGCGAGACCGAGGAGGAUCUCCAAGAUCACUGGCACUUCCUGCUUACGCAUGUUGCUCCGGGUCUGGAGCAGCUCUUCAUCUCAGAUGGCCUGCACUACCUCAAGACCAAGAUCACCAGCGAUAUGCUGCGGACCGGCCACUCGAGCUGGGAUGACGAUGAUCUGAGCAAUGACGAGGGCUUCCGCCGUGCCACCCACUCUUUCCGGCAGACCUUCAAGCUGCGCGAGCGCCUGGUCAACUACUAUCCUUGCGCCCUGAACAAGCUCCUGCAGCAGGGCUGGCUCUACCUCUCGCAAAAUCGCAUCUGCUUCCAUUCCAAUGUCCUUGGCGAGGAGACCCGCGUCAACAUCGAGCUGAAGAAUGUCAGUCUCCUGUCCAAGCGCCGCGUUGGUUUGACCAGUGGCAUCUUCAUUUCCACCGUGGACGGGGCUCAGUAUGCCUUCUUCAACCUCUUCAAGCGCAACGAGGUGUUUGAGUUAAUCGAGUUCCUCGUUGAUGAUGCUGUCUCGCGCAUGCUGCGCAGUGUGCCGACCGAGCGCGACCUGUCUGCCCCGGGGCCGGCCUCGGAUCACAUCCCGGCCGGCUUCACUGAUGUGGACAUCUCCACCGUGCAGGACGAGGAAGCGGCCGCGGCCGAGGAGGAGGCCCUGGCCGAGGCCGAUGCCAGCAUCGCCCCCCUGAGUGAGGGUACCAAAAGUCUGCUGCCCAGCGGGGCGGCCGGUCCCGAGGGCCAGGCCCUGCGCGUGCAAAUUCGCCGCCAGAUUGUUCGGAACAAAUUCUGCCGGAUGUUCCGGCUCCCGCAAACCGAGGAGCUCCUGGCCUGCCAGCCGGUCACUUUCGAGUUGGACUCCAUCCGCAAGAAGCGCAGCGGGACCUUCGGCGAACCGGUCCAGGCCAUGCUCUACCUGUCGACGCACUUCAUCUGCCUGUCCCUGAUCGAUCCAGCCUCCUCGAGUACACUUCUCAUCUGGCCUUCGCAUCUGUUGACGGGCUUCUCCCGAGCCGAGGCGACCCGGUGCUUCACUCUGGUUGCCAAGCAGCAGCCCUUCACGCUGAAGCUCUACUGGCAAAACAUGCUCCCCACCGACCAGAUCAUCCUGCCGGAUGAGAAUCCGAUGGACUUCGAGCAAUUCUCCGCCUUCUUUUCCCAAUACCUGAAGGAGGCCAACCAGCGGAAUAUCAAUGCCCGGGCUCGGCAGCGGCAUCUGGAUGAGUCAAUCAGCUCCAUGUCCGCCAAUAGCCCCUUCAUUACCCCGGUUCCGCCCACUGCUGCGGCCCCCUCCUCGCAUUUGAACAUUGGCCUGCAGGCGGCCCUGGCCAGCCAGAGCCAGGAAACGCAGAAGAUGCAGGAGUUGCUGCACCUGCCGGAGCACUAUGAGACGGCGCUCGAGCAAUUCAAGCGCGACCUGGCUGCCCGGCGCCAGCGCCGUCUGGCUGCCGCGCGGGCGGAUUUCGAGUACAUCUCGGCGUCCUCCUCCUUCGCCCCGCAUGUGGACCCGGAUCUGACCAAUGUCAUCCAGUCGGGCCCGGUAUCGCCGGUGGAUUCCACCACCAACCUCCAGACGGUCGGGAUGCCGGCCCCUCCCGGCGGCCAUGUGACCGUCAACUCGUCCGAUGGCAAUGUCGCUGAAAUCAUCGCCGGUUCCGGUGGCGAUGGGCAUCUGGAUGAGGAAGAUGAGCACAGUGACUCGGACAUCGGCGCCGAGCCCUUCCUCACUGGUGUCAUCGGUGGAGACUUCCAGCGGGGCUCGGCGGCCGGCAGUGCCGCUGGCAGUGCCGCCGGCAGCCAAGCCAGCUCGCCACGUGAUGGUUCCUCCGGCGGGUCCUCUCGCAGUCGGGCCUUCAGCCUUUAUGGCCGGAGCUCUGGCAGUGGUGAUUCCCAUGGGUCCAGUGUCGUGGGCUCCGGAUCUGGCACUCGUCCGGGCGAUGCGUCGGAGGAGGAGAACUUCGAUUUCUAUGGCGAUCCCGAUGAGGAUGUCCCGGCCACCGCGGCACCAGUCACCCAGUCGCCGGAGUCGCAGCAGGCCAUUUCGCCCGGCCGGCAGACAACCGCCCCGGAGCCGGCCCAUGCGACCGAGUCGGCCUCCAUCACCACUGGGCACCUGGUGCCUGUCGGUGAGGAGGACCUCUCCGGUGAGCCGACCAAAUCCGAAUUGGCCUCGGAUUGGCUUCGCAUUUCCCACAACCUGGACAGUGACCUCGCCCAUACCGAAGAGGCAGCCGCUCCCCUGGGCAAGAAUGCUCCCCUAUACCCGGCCGAACCGGUGGCCGGUGGCCAGGCUGCCUCUGGCUCCCACUCCUCCAGUCCUGUGGUGGUCGAGGCCAAGCGUGUGGUGCUGAAGAGUUUGCUGGAGGUUCGCCAGCAGCAAAUCCGCCAUCCGUACCAUUUGAUUGGGAAGGUGGACGCCUUGGGCUUCAUCCACGGCUUCCCAGUGGACCAGCCUGUCGAGAGUGAAAUCAAGAAGGAGUACAUCUGGCAAUCGGUCUUCUUCCGGAAUGGCCGUGGCCUGACCAUGAUUCGGUGGACACCGCGGGACUUCUUCCAGCUGGUGUUUGUUGGCAUUCCCAGCCGGAUUCGCGGCGAGAUUUGGGCCUCAUGCGCCGGAGCACAUCACGAGUUCAGCAUCAACCUGCUGCACUAUCGCGAGCUGUUGAAGAAGGGCCGCGGUCGGCCGACCACGGCCACCGAGGAGAUUGAGAAGGAUCUGAUGCGUUCGCUGCCGGACCACCCGGCCUACCAAACGUAUGACGGUCUGGAUCGCCUGCGGCGUAUUUUGCAGGCCUACUCCGUGCGCAAUCCUCAGCUGGGCUACUGCCAAGCCAUGAACCUGAUGGGGAGCAUUCUGCUGCUGUUCCAGCGCGAGGAGCUGGCCUUCUGGACGCUGACGUCGGUGGUGGAGCGUCUCCUGCCGAACUACUAUUCGUCCAACAUGUUCGGGGCUCUGGUGGACCAGCGAGUGUUGGAGAGCCUGAUCAGCGAGUACCUGCCGGAUUUGUAUGCCCAUGUCAACAAGCACGAGAUGGACUUCUCGCUGGCUGUGAUGCCGUGGUUCUUGACGCAGUACAUCUCGUCGAUGCUGCUGCCACAUGCCAUCCGUGUGCUGGAUGUCUUUUUCCUGCAUGGCGUGCGCGUGCUCUUCCAGAUCGCCCUGGCAAUCCUCAAGCGCCGGCGCUCGUUGCUGCUCACGCUCACUGACGAGGGCGAGAUGAUGAUUGUCCUGAAGGCGUACUUCGCUUCGCUCGGGGCCGAGCUCACUCAGUCCGACCGGGAUGCCCUGUCGCCGGAGUUUGUUGCUCUCAAUCCGAACCUCAACACGGAGUUUGACCUCCUGCUGAUGAUUGGCUUGAUUGAGUUUGCCAACAUCGGCAACCCCCUGAUCGACCAGCUGCGUCUGCAGUACCGGCGUGAGGUGGCCCACAACCUGGAGGUUCUCCAGCGGCGGAUGAAGAUUCGCCACUUGAUGGAGAUGUGUCCCCUGCUGUCGGAGCCUUCGUUGACUGGCAUCUACCGGCACUUCCAUGCGGUGGUGUUCUAUUCGGCCGAGGCCAAGGCGGGCGGCAAGACGCAAGCUAGUACUGGCACUUCCGGAGCCACUAAGCCCUGCCAGCAGCCGAACCUGACGCGCGCGGAUGGCGUGACCCUCGUUGGCAAUGCCGCCACCGAGGAGCUGGAUCAUCGCAUUGAUUUGCUGGACUUCUAUAACUUCCUGUGUCGGAUUUCGCCCUGGGCUCGCCUUGACUCCAAGGCACCGGCCCACCUGACUGAUGAGCACGCUUUCCAUAUCAGCGCCCAGCGUGAGGCCGGCUCGCACUUCAUCACUCGGCUUUUCCGCUACUGCGAGUACAUGGGUCGCAAGGUUCUGAAUAAGUCCCGGCCCAAGUCGGCAACCUCCUACAUGUUGGAGGCCUCGGCCGGCGGGCAGGCCUCCAUCCCCGGCAUUGGGCCGAUGGCUGUGCGCGAGUCGCUUGGCAUCCUGGACAUCGCGUCUGGCCUGGCCCCACUGAUCACCGGCGAUGUCCAGUCUCGAGUGUAUGCCUUCUUCGACAUGUUCCUGCCAUAUCCGGAGGAUCCACGUGCGGCGGAGCUCGGCUGCUCGAUCGAGUCCGCCCAGCCGUACCUGCUGCUGACGGAUGUCAGUGACAUCGCCGAGUCUUUCUUCUUCUUGUGUCGGACUUUCGGUGACGAGGCCAAUGUUUCCGGGAGUCGGUUCUCCGAUGCCGUACGCAAGCUGAUCGCCCUGUCCAACGAGUCCAACACCCUGCCGGAGGAUGCGCAUCAGCAUGACAUCGAGCGGCACCUAGAGUCCGGGGCUGCUGGCGUCGCGCCACGCUUGGAUCGCAAGAUCUUCUUCGCGGCGGUCACCCAAGUGCCCUUCCUGGAGGAAUUCUUCACGGACCUCCUGCCAACGCGCAUUUUCCAGCUGGAUGGUCUGAAGGAUCCGACCCCGCGUCAACGCCGUCAAGCCUCCAUUUCUGGCUCCUCUUCUUCCGGGUCCUCGUCGGCCGGUUCGUCGGCUCCCUCCUCGUCGGCCAGCUCGCCCUCUUCAUCGUCCCUGUCGCUGCCAGCCAGCGGGGACCGGACUGGCCGGCAGCCGCAGGCCACCGCAGCCGCGGUGCCGGGCCCGAAUUCCGCCUCCGCUGCCGGUGGCCAGGGGACUGGCCGGUCUCUCCUGUCGUCCAGCGCAGCGGGUGCUUCGUCCGUGCUGGCCUCGACCGGUCGUGGGGUGGCUUCGAUCACCUCGCGCGUCUUCUCCUUCGGCCGUCGGCCGGCUUCGACUUCGGGUGACAUCAACUCGGCGAAGUCCUCAUCGUCGGCCGGAUCUGGCUCUGGCACGUCGACCAGUGCGGGCAGCCACACCAAGUCCCCGAGCUCUCAGGGUGCCUCGGUCGGAAACCUGCUUGAUCUGGAAGACACCUCGAUGGUUAUGAUGCAGAGCUUCCCCCAGUUUGAUAUUCAGCCGACCUCGGCAUUGGGCGGUCCGGUGCAACAGCAGCAACCCCAGGGCGGUGCCACCGGGUCCCUUUCGCCUGGUGACACGAUUGACCUGUCGUCGCCCAACAAUGUCUUCAGCAUCGACUUUUCGAAUUCCCUCCCAGUGGCCGGCACCAUCCCGCCUCCGGCCAUUGCUCCGGCUCCGGCGCCCGCCGCCCAUCUGGAUGAGGAUCCAUUUGCCCAGUUCAACUACAUGGGCACCGAGGAGGAUGGCCGAGAUGCGCUGGAUGACCUCGUCGCCUUGGUCCUGCCCCCCGAGUAGCAAGAAGAGCAGCACAGGCCCGAGCCCCCCCCCCCCCCCACCCCCC